AUGACUGAUGUACAAAUACGUGUUAAAUUUUUAACUCUUAUUUCUACGCUAGAGUACCAUGAAAUGGCUGGCGCGUAUUUAGAUGCCUGUAGAUUAUACGUUCUACUUCUAAAAGCAUACCCAGAAACUGUCGCUUUAUAUGGGAAAGAUAUUAGGUUGGUAACCCCUGUAUUAAUUAUCAAUCAUAAGAUCAUUGUUAGAUUGGAAGAUAUUUUGUCCGUAAUCCUCCACCAAAAAAUCAUAGUAUCUGAUAACAAUCUUCCGACGGAAAUUCCAAUUUAUCAACCGAAAACUUCCAAUGCCUCCAUAUCCUUAGCCACAUCUUCAGCGUCACAACCAAAUUCUUCUCAAUCUUGUUUACAUGUCACUUAUAACCAACUGAAAUCAUUACUUGAAAAGGCACAGGGGUUUUAUAUUGCCAACAAAGAUUGGCGAAAAUUGUUCGAAGUUUCAUUAGGAGUAAUGAAUAGUUGUGGAUACUUGAGAUUUGAAAGUUCUCCAAGAACAACAAUGGUAGAUCUUUUUGACGAUCCACAUCAAUUACCGUCAAAAUUAUUUUCACUUUUGAAUCAAAAACAAAUAUCUCUGGUUAAUAAAACAUUCAUGAUGCAUGAUACAACACCGCAUCCUUUUGCUGUAUCUAUAGGUAUCGCAUGUUUCGUAUUAUGUUGUCAUGAAUUUUAUGAAUAUGUAGCUGGACUAAAAAGCAAAAGAACGUGCUUAAUUCCAAUUUUUCCAACUGGACAAUUCGCUAUCAUGACACCACCCUCAUCACCUCUAUUAACAUCCACUUCACUUAGCUCUUACGCUCAUCAUGUUCCAUGCGACGAGACGAGGGUUAAUAAAAGGAGAAGGCUCAGUCUAAGCUUUUUAUUAUCAAAAGGAUCUAGUAACAAAGAAAUUGGUGAAACAGAAUGUGAAAGUUACAUUGAUGAUUCAGGGAUAUCUUUUAAAAGAUUAAAGCACAUUAAUAUUAAUACCGCAAAUGAUGAAAAAAGUAAUAAAUAUGGGGGCAAUAACGUUAUGAAUGUUAAAAACUUGUUGAUUGAUAAUGAUAAUGAGCAACAAAACCAAAAUUCAAUCAAAACUAGUCAUGAACUGAAUAUGGAACAAAUUAAAUUAUGGGAAGAAUCAUAUAUUUCUUCAGAAACAAUAACUCAUGAUGCAAUGUCAUAUAUGGAACGUGCUUUGACGUGUUGGCAGCUUUUAGAGGAAAUGGUCUCACGUGGAGGAAAUGAUCCUAAAGUAUUGGAUAAAGAAUUAGAAAAUCAUAUUCGUUCAUGGGAACUCCCAUUAGAUGUGUCGAAUGCGAUCAUGCUGACGCGUGGGGACCUUGCUUUCUCUCAUGGAUCUUUAAACACAGCAUGUACUUUUUGUCGAGAAAUAUGCACUCGAAUUUCAGGUGCUUGGGAUGCUUAUCGUAAGAAAGCAUCCAAGAAAGAACAAUCUCCUUCAUUAUCUUCAACUACAGAUUACUUGCAAACAAAACAAUUGAUUCAAGAAGAAUCUUCGGAUUCGUCCAAAAUAAAUGACUUUUCUAUCAAAGUACAAACCCCAUUAAUACUCCCGUUUCGAGUGAUUUAUUCCAUUUCUAUGCUUUACCUUUUAGUUGGUUGGUGGAGAGAAGCACGAGUAGAACUUUUAAUUAUAUUAGCAACUAUGCCUUUUACGCCUGUAACGCGAGAACACUUUGAGAAAGAUGAUUGGUGUGUUAACAAGAAGAAAGUUGAAGGUAUUAGUUAUUAUGAAGGAAAUAAACAAAAUCAAUUUAGGCUAAUGGAAGUUACGCAAGAAGGUCUUGUGGUGAGGGCAAUAAAAGAAUUAAUGGCAUGUUAUGAGGAAGAACUCAGUUCAAUUCCACAUAAUCAACUAGAUAACACACUGGGACAUAUAAUAGUAUUGACACAAUACGGUUGGCCAUAUUGGCGCGAUCGAUUGUUUCGGCGGGUGAUACUUCCAGGAAUUAAAGAACAUGGUGGUCUUAUCUACCCUGAUAUGCUACGCUUUGUUUACAAUAUCGAGAUUCUCCGUGAAAUUUGUGAAUUACAUCGAAUAUUUCCGGAUCUCAACUUUUCUCUGCUAAAACAAAGUUCAACUGCCACUGCUUCCGCUGUUCAAUUAUCAAAUUUAAAUAUAACAAAAACGUCAAUACAGGCUUUAGAGGAUAAGAUUAACCAUCCUUCUUCACGAAGCAUCAAUGAAAAAUUAGUGGAAUUUUGUAAAGAAAAAUUGAUUCAAUUACAAAGUAAUACUGAUGGUAACUUAUAUUCUGGUGGAUUUAAAGAGAAGGGCAAAGAAAUUCCUAGGAAUGACAAUAGAUAUAAAAAAGAAAAUUCUUGCGAUAAUUCAGAUUUAAUAAUAAUGGGACAAGAUAACAUGCAAAGUUCCCAAAUGAACAUUACAGAUAAUCAAGAAACACAAAAGAGUUGGAAGAUGAACGUUUCAUCGAUUGUUGCUGAAGACGAUAUAAAUAGUAUCUCAUCAUGUAAUUAUGGCCAUUCGAAUGUUAUAAACGAUGCUACAACAAAAGAAACAAAGAACUUUGAGAAUUUGACAAAUGCAUCAUUAACAAUAACAGAUUUUGUCGGGGAAUGUACAUCAAAAAGAGAAAUAGAGGAUUAA